CCCAGGGCAGGGAGAGCUGUGCCCAGAGCAGGGAGAGCUGUCCCCAGGGCAGUGUGAGCUGUCCCCAGGGCAGUGUGAGCUGGGGCCAUGGCUGGGUUCCUGGACAAUUUCCGCUGGCCCGAGUGCGAGUGCAUCGACUGGAGCGAGCGCCGCAACGCCGUCGCCUCCAUCGUGGCCGGGGUGCUGUUUUUCACAGGCUGGUGGAUCAUGAUCGACGCUGCCGUGGUUUACCCGCGGCCGGAGCAGCUCAACCACGCCUUCCACACCUGCGGGGUCUUCUCCACGCUGGCCUUCUUCAUGAUAAAUGCUGUAUCAAAUGCACAGGUGAGAGGAGACAGCUACAGUGAUGGAUGCUUAGGCAGAACAGGGGCUCGGAUCUGGCUCUUCAUUGGCUUCAUGCUGAUGUUUGGAUCUCUCAUUGCUUCCAUGUGGAUUCUCUUUGGAGCAUAUGUUACACAGAACACUAAUGUGUACCCUGGAUUAGCAGUGUUUUUCCAGAAUGCACUAAUAUUUUUCAGCACUCUGAUCUACAAGUUUGGGAGGACAGAAGAGCUGUGGGGCUGAGCUCUCUGCUGGUCCCUGGUUGCCAUGUGGUUCUUGUGCUUAGAGAAUUGAGCCCUUUGUCCUUGGUUUGCUCCCCAGACUGGUGGAACUGAGACAAUUCCAGGCUCUGUCCAGGCUCUCCUCUCCCAGGACACACUUGUGGAUAUGUACAUAGGACAUUUCAAAGGGAAUGGCAGCUGCCAGCCUUUCCUGCUGCACUCUCCAGGCUUCCUCCUUCCAAUCCAUGGCUUCCCACCCAAGUGUCAUCUUCCAAACCUCCACAGUUAGUGAGCAAACAGGACAGAGCCCACCCCUGGAGCAGGGGUAAGGCUGAUUUUAAGAAUUUUAUAUUACUGUUCAGGUAAAUAUCAAGUAGCAUUUUUUUUUUUUUCUGGUAAAAGGUUAUGGGUUUUUAAGCAAGUCCCUACACUCAGCAGGUUGUGCAUGGCAAAGCAGAAUACUCCUGACUUGUGAUGGCUCUGCACAAAGGACAUUUGCUGGAAUUAAUUUCAUGCUGCUCAGUGUAAGAGAUACCAGUUGUAUUUAAUGUAUUUCCUGAUAUUAGAAUAAAAAAAAACUCCGACAAACUGA